AUGGGUUCAGGUGCAAGCAAGCAAGCAUCAGCAAGCCGCACGGACUGGCAGCAAUUUACACCGUCAUGCACCCCGACCACGACCGUCUUUGACAUUGAUGCCCAACACAACAAUCCCAAUUCCCGGAGCCUUGAUGCCAAUGCCCUCAAGAAUCCAGUCGUCAACACCCACAACGGCCUCGACCACGCCCACACGCACAACCACCACAGCAAUGCCGCCACGCCCACCCAGACUCACUUCCACGACGCCUUCCCCAACUACGCCUAUGCUCACCACAAAAGAGACUCUGUAGCCUCGACUGCUACCGCUACCUCGAUAGACAGCAACCCGCACUAUGCCGCCUACCCGCACGUGCAGCACCAUCACCAGCAAUCAAGCCAACCACAAUCAUACCAGUCCUACGAUUAUGCCACGACUCCGCUCUUCGUCCAAGGCCCUGCCCAGCCUCAGAUCUUCCAGAUGCAGACACCGCCUCCCACCAGAGGCUCGUCCAUCAAGUCGAGGCCUGAACGACUAGACACGGCGUAUCCCUCUACUGCCAUAUCUCAACCCGCCUUCGACACUUCGUCCUUUAGCUUCAAUGCCCCCCAGCAUUCUAUCGAUUCCUGGACCCAGCCCUCAGGACCUUUGACUGCUCCGCUGUCCGCCCCUGCCUGGACUGCCAACCAAGACGACCCUUUUCUGCACUGGUCUACCCACACUCCGCAAUCCUCUCAACCCACGGUCGCCUCUCAAUCGUCACGCCCGCAUCUCCCUCUUCAGCCAUCCACUUCCUCACGUCCCACCAUCACCCGCUCGACCAGCUCCAAUAACGUCCCAUACGCUACUCCCGCCGCUCCCGCUGCCGUUAAAAAGCCCUCUGUGCCAUCCAGCGUGAAUCCGACCCACCUUUACUCGUCGCCUGUGAGAAGCCACUUCCCCAACAUUCCUGAAGCACGUCCUGUGUCGCCCGAGAAACCAUGCUUGGCCCCUGCCUUUCCCUCGACCUCUGGCCCAACCUCACCACUAGAGAGCAGUGGUCUACGGCGCAGCAACACGGUAGCCAAUUUCUUGAGGCCAAGCCCUGCAAUCGUCUCGCAAGCUUCUGAUGCCGGAACCGCACUUGGUCGCAGCAAUUCCGUCACCAAUCUACCACGCCGUUCCUCGCCCUUGAAGCGAAUAGCACGUGGCUCCUUGUCCUCAAUUGCCGAAACUUCGCGACCUCAGAUCCGCACAUCUGUUGUCCUCACCAUUGAUGCCAAUGGAACUGCGAGAACAGAGACCAGAGUCAUCGAAGAAAGCCCGUCCCAACCCAACAAGAAAUCUCAGUCAAUAAAGGAAAAGUAUCCAAAUCUCUGGGACGAUUCCGAUAGUGACUCGGACUCGACAUGCGGCAACAAAUGGCCGAGCCGCCACGACUCCCUGGCCCAUAUCAAUGCCGGUCAGGAGCGAUCGGCAAAGAUAGCAAGGCUCGACACGUCGUCGGAGAACCUCGAGAUGGCACAACUGCCGCGCUCUAACUCGACUGUCUCGUUAAAGACCCCGUGCAAAGCUGCUUAUACAGCCGCGAUACAACUCAGACGUCAGGGUAGUGCCAAGAAACAACAAAGACCUUCAAGUGUACAGAGUAGACGUAAUACGCUGUCCUCGUUGAACAGCUCUUUCGAGAAUUUGGCCGCCAUGGACCUGAACAAGGACGAGAUGCACACAAAGACAGAUGCCGGUUCUGCGCUUCGCCAGGCUGCUGCCCAUCGUGUUUCCCCAUCCGCUAGGCAGAUUCAGCAUCUGUCUGACCGCAACCCAUCUGACAAUGCCACAGUCCAGCCUGUCCGCCCCACUCGCUCAGACACCCUUCCUUCGAGCGCUUCACGGCCUCGCCAGCUGUCACAGCCUCAGCACUCUCACCAAUCACAACAAGGUCAACAGACACAUCAAGUGCAGCAGAUACAGACCUCUCAAGCACUGCAACAGCAGACGCAGCAAUCACAGCUUGUACAACAAGUCCAUCAGAUGCAACAGCUGCCUCCAAGCAACCAAGCUUAUCCUCAUACUCAUGCGAAAUCGCAUAGUAUCAGUUACCCAACAGCAACAUCAACAGCACCCGUCUUUGAUCCUCGUGGGUCCUUCACGAUGGAUUUUGCGCCAGUGGCUUUCACUUCGGCACCUCCCCCACAAACAUUUACGAACGAUAUGAGUUCCAUGACACGAUGUAUCUGUCGAAUUCCCUUCGACGAUGGUAGGAUGGUCCGAUGCAACUCCUGUGCCAUGUAUUCCCACUCUGGUUGUGUCGGUCUCGAUCCUACCCAACAUGCAUAUAUUUGCUCUUUCUGCGCGAGCGCCACUACCGUGUCAUACGGACAUCCGGUACGAUCAAGUUCAAUGCAGAAUUUCAAUGCAUGGCCCGUCCCCGGGCUCUGA